UCACCACAGUAUUGGGGAAAAAAAACUAAAUUUUUAAAUCCUUUAGUUAUUUAAAAACCAAACUCUUAACUAAUCUUAACAGAUCAUUAGAACUGCACACCACUAAUGGUUUCUCUCUCUUUUGAUUCAGGCGAUGAAUUUGGUAAGUGAAUCUGACUUGUGCAAUAUGCUUGCCUCCUCCCCUGCGUUUGGCAGCACCAGUACACACACUGUCCCCUUGCUACUGCCCUCAGCUGGCAUGGCCUCUUCCCCCAAUGCUGUCCCAUAUUGAAGCAAUGCUCAGGAAACCAUCACGCUUUGAAACCAGCACUGCUGCGUAUCCUCUCUGAUGUAGCGUAAUCCCACACAGCCUCUGCCAAAAGCCAAAGUCCCGCUUGCUUUGCACAAGGUGUCGCUCUUUGAUUUGGGCUCUCUCUUCUUAAUCGAAAAAUAAAAGCUGAGUCAGCUGAAAUGCAUUCUUGAAGGGAAAAAAAGAAAGAAAAGAAAGUUCCAAUAGGAUGCAUUUAAAUGAAGUUUGAAAUAUUCAAAGUGUUUGUUGAUCUUAGACUGCGUCACGCACCAUUGACAUGAACUGGCUUGCUUUGUUUACUUUUUUGGGCAACUUCUUUCUUAUACAUUGAACAAAUUAAUCCACAUAAUUAUGUGCAUAUGUUUACGACAUGAAUACAAAACUGCAUUCCCAGCCAGCACACUCUAUCUAUACUUUUGUAUUUAUUCUUUUUUUUCCUGUGGGGAUCCUAAUAACACUUUUUCAGACCUAACAGACCCUGAAUCUGUCUUGUGAAAAACUACAACACAGUUGGGCCACGCUGUUUGAUUUUCUCUCUUCUUCUUUUCUUUGCUUCUUGCUUUUUGAUGAUUGUUAAAAAUUAAGUGAUUAUUAUCCAAAAAUAACCAUUUUAUUGUCUGCUAAACGUAACUCUUGUUAUUUAUAUUUUACUGAUAAGCUCAACACUUGUUUAGUUUAUUAUAACUCAUUUCCACAAGAUUUUUUAAAUGUAUUGAUUUUAGAAUCUGGCAACAAAUAAAUGCAAUAGAAACCACACAUAGAACACACUAUACAAAUACUGUGAUUAUUUAGUGUAUUAUAGAUUUCAGUGUUGUGCCGCCCCCUUGUGGUUGACCCCGGGAUUUCUCUGUCAAUUCACAGGAUCAGGCAUCAAAAGACAAAGCCCUACAGAACAUGGCUGCACUGUCAUCUGCCCAGAUCGUCUCACCAAGUAUAAUAAAGAAUCACCUUCCACCGCUGCCUCCUGCCCCCUACCAACCACCCAGAUUCUGGCCUGCUCCAAUCCCAGGACAGCCUGGACCCUCUCAGGAGCUGGUUCUAGAUCUCAACCCGGGAAGGACUCCUGGGCUUGGCCGCACCAGCCAUGCCAUCAAACCUUUUGCACAGCCACCAUACCCAAGCCUAGGAGGCCCGGUACCACAGUCCAUACCAAGGGUGCAUGGUUCAGGUUACGAGCCCUUGGCGCCUCCGCCUGCACCAACUGCCACUGCAGUGCCGGUAUGGCAGGACCGCACCAUCGCCUCCUCUAAGCUGCGGAUGCUGGAAUACUCUGCCUUCAUGGAGGUUCAGAGAGACCCAGACAACUACAGCAAACAUCUGUUUGUCCACAUUGGACAGACGAACCCCUCCUACAGUGACCCGCUCCUUGAGGCUGUGGACAUCCGGCAGAUCUAUGACAAGUUCCCUGAGAAGAAAGGCGGACUCAAGGAACUUUAUGAGAAAGGGCCUCAGAAUGCUUUCUUCCUCGUAAAAUUCUGGGCGGACCUGAACAGCAGCGGGAUGCAGGACGGCCCUGGUUCUUUUUAUGGUGUCAGCAGCCAGUACAGCAGCGCUGAGAACAUGACCAUCACUGUUUCAACCAAAGUCUGCUCGUUUGGAAAGCAGGUCGUCGAGAAAGUAGAGACAGAGUACGCCCGCCUGGAGGGGGGGAAGUGUGUUUACAGGAUCCACCGCUCUCCGAUGUGCGAAUAUAUGAUCAACUUCAUCCACAAGCUCAAACACUUGCCUGAAAAAUACAUGAUGAACAGUGUUCUUGAAAACUUCACUAUCCUGCAGGUGGUGACGAAUCGUGACACCCAGGAGACCUUGCUCUGUAUAGCGUUUGUGUUUGAGGUUUCCACGAGUGAACACGGAGCUCAGUAUCACGUCUACAGACUUGUUAAGGACUAACAGCUCUUCAGGGAGGUCUUGGAAAAGCAAGACGAAAGCAUGACACAGUCCCUCUUUUUGACCAGCUCAACCGCCCAGGAAAACAAAAAACUAAGAAGACAUUCAAACAAUGCUACAUCAGACUAACAAGGACAGAUGCUUUUUUUAAACGAAAAGUCGCAAGGAAAAAAAGAGUGAAUCUCACCGUGCUGACACGCAAAGAAAUGUUUGAAAGACUAGCUGUUUUCUAUGUGUUUAAACAUGCUUUAGAUGAAGUGGGUUCAUUUUUUUGCCAAGGUAAUUGAUGGAGCUUGAAAUGUUUUAUCGAGGGAAUGAGAAAGUGUUUAGGGUGGAAACGACCCUUUUGGUAUCCAAGGGAGCACACUCUGAGCAGUAAGUAACAAGUGUACACAAGAUUGAAAGAGUAGAGAGAGCAGAACCACAGAAGGGGAAAACCAGAGCCAAGUGGUGAUGUAGCAGUAGGUUUGAGCCUUUUCUCCAAAGAUUAUAUCAUUGCCUGCCACUUUGGAUUGCCUUUUAUUACUACCUCUUGUUUUUGAAUAAACAGUAAAUAGUCAUACUGGUGUAUUUUGUUAAAAAAAAAAAGAAAGAAAGAAAGAAAAUUAGAAUUUGGAUUGACAUCUAUGGAGGCAGUUUUUGUUUUUGGGCAGAAAGAGGAAUGGGAUGGGAUGACUAAUUUUUAUGUAGCCUUUUGUUUUACAAGCAAAAAGUGUCCCUUGUUUUAGAGUGUACAGGGAGAAGGUUUUUUGUGUUACCAUAUUUUAAGGUUCUGCUUUUUUAAUAUUUUCUUACACAAUUUUUAAAAAAAAUCAGGUCUUACAAGCAUCUAUCUAUAACUGCCUUUUGACACUAAGGAUGCCUUGUAUCAUUAGUAGCCGGACAUUAAGGUGAGGCUUUACCAUCCUUAUGAGAUCCCCUGUUUUUUUCUCUUUGUUUGAAGACGUGUGCUUGGUUGCACUUAAAAGAUCCAGAAGGGGGGUUUGAAUCAACAGCACUGCUUAUUUUCUAUCGCCUUGAGUUAUGUAGCCUAAUUAAAAAAAAAAAAAAAAGAAUCGUUUCUGUACUGUGAGUCAGUGGAUGCUAAAGGAAAAUGUGUUACAUAGGAGUAUUUUUUCUGAGGGGGGGGGGCGAUCGGGACUUGUUGAACUAUGUUCAUAUUUGUGAUCAAUUAACUCAGCACUCAACUCAGACCAUGGCUAAAAGUGAAGAGAAGUUAAUCACUGUUUCUUUUGUUUAAAAAAGAGAUUGUAUGCUGUGAAGACGGCUUGUUUGCUUCACCCUUCUCUGUGUAAUGUAAUGCGGAGAAGUUGCAUUCAUUGAAAAAGGUUCAAUUUUGAUAUUUAAGACACUUUUUUGUGACAUUACACAUGAAUUAAUUUUAAAGUCAAACUUAAUUAACUGUCUUGAAUGAGAGCUAUUGUCUGUGCUGUGGAGCAUGACCAUUGAUUGUUAUUUAUAAGGUUAGUUACCAAGUAGUGGGAGGGCCGGACCGGGUAUUGGAGAUGUAUUGAUCAUCUUCCAUUGAGAUGGAGAUGUUAAAAGUAUUGCAGGACUCAAACUACAGACAGGAAUUGCCUGUCAUCCCAUGGGUCCUGCCAGACAUAGGUCUAUACUCUAUGUGGUUCACUGGACAAUUCUGCUACAGAAGUUCAAAUUAAAGAUGUUGUAUGUUGCAAUAAGAAUUGCACCUGGCUUUGAAUGUCAAAUUUCACAAGCUACAUACAAAAACACUCUUCCUCUAGCAGGUUUCUCAGUUUAUCUUUUAUACAGACAUUUUUUUUUUCCCAUUAUCAAGAUUAAUGUUUUGUUGUCUUUUGACUUUCAGUGUUUGCCAUAUGCUUCACUGAAAAUAAUGUGUGAGUGUGCUGAUAUUGAAAUUAAUAAUGAGAUAUCUAAUGUACCAUAUUCUGAAUGGUGUGGGCGUUGUUUUUGUUUGUUUUUGGUUUAAGGUGGUUUAAUAUUGUCUUUGUUACCAUUGUGCAUUGCAAUUUUAUACUUCAAAGUAGAGGUUGGACUAUAUAAUCAAACAAAUGUAUCUAACAAUAAGACGCAUGGUGCCUUUGGGGCCAUUCCCCCCUAAAAACGUAUUAAACAUGUUUGUAAAUUUG